AAAAAAGAAAAAAAAAACCCGCGCGCACACACACACACUCAGACACACACCAGUGGCGACAGGGGAGAGUUGGAAAGCCGCAGGAGACAGGAGGCAGCGGGGAUGGAGCAAUGGGGACGGGGAGCGGGCAGGUUCCCUCGCAAAUCCCCCUCCGGCUCAAGCCGCCUCGCCCGCACCGGCAGGGGAGCGAGGAGCCAGGCGAGCAGAUGGAGGAGUGGAGCUCGCUCUAGGAAGCGGGCUUGGCCGGAGAAUGGAGGAGCCGCCAAGCGACCGGCUGAUUGGAAGAGAAACGCAGAGCGAUGGAGGCGGGGGUAGGAGGACGAUUUCUCUGCGGGGACUGGCGGCGGCGUACACGCCCGGGUCGGGCGCUGCAGAGCUUGGCUAGCUUUCAACCCGCGCUCGCCGGCUACAGCCCCGCGCGCCCCCACCCCCAGCCCUACCCGUGGCUCCGCAGGGUGAGGUGGCAUUUGACCCCGGGUUGCCCGGCCAGCGCGACCGAGGAGGUGGCUGGACUGCUGGAGGAUGAACGGAGAAGCCGACUGCCCCACAGACCUGGAAAUGGCCGCCCCCAAAGGCCAAGACCGCUGGUCCCAGGAAGACAUGCUAACACUGUUGGAAUGCAUGAAGAACAACCUUCCAUCCAAUGACAGCUCCAAGUUCAAAACCACCGAGUCACAUAUGGACUGGGAAAAAGUAGCAUUUAAGGAUUUUUCUGGAGACAUGUGCAAGCUGAAAUGGGUGGAGAUUUCUAAUGAGGUAAGGAAGUUCCGUACAUUGACAGAAUUGAUCCUCGAUGCUCAGGAACAUGUUAAAAAUCCUUACAAAGGCAAAAAACUCAAGAAACACCCAGACUUCCCAAAGAAGCCCCUGACCCCUUAUUUCCGUUUCUUCAUGGAGAAGCGGGCCAAGUAUGCGAAACUCCACCCUGAGAUGAGCAACCUGGACUUGACCAAGAUUCUGUCCAAGAAAUACAAGGAGCUUCCAGAGAAGAAGAAGAUGAAGUAUAUUCAGGACUUCCAGAGGGAGAAACAGGAGUUCGAGAGAAACCUGGCUCGAUUCAGGGAGGAUCACCCUGACCUUAUCCAGAAUGCCAAGAAGUCGGAUAUCCCUGAGAAGCCCAAAACCCCCCAGCAGCUGUGGUACACUCAUGAGAAGAAAGUGUAUCUCAAAGUACGGCCAGAUGCCACUACGAAGGAGGUGAAGGACUCCCUGGGGAAGCAGUGGUCUCAGCUCUCGGACAAAAAGAGGCUGAAAUGGAUUCAUAAGGCCCUGGAGCAGCGGAAGGAGUACGAGGAGAUUAUGCGUGAUUAUAUCCAGAAGCACCCUGAGCUGAACAUCAGUGAGGAGGGCAUCACCAAGUCCACCCUCACCAAGGCUGAACGCCAGCUCAAGGACAAGUUUGAUGGGCGACCCACCAAGCCACCUCCGAAUAGCUACUCACUGUACUGUGCAGAGCUCAUGGCCAACAUGAAGGAUGUGCCGAGCACAGAGCGCAUGGUGCUAUGCAGCCAGCAGUGGAAGCUGCUCUCCCAAAAGGAGAAGGACGCCUAUCACAAGAAGUGUGACCAGAAAAAGAAGGAUUAUGAAGUGGAACUCCUCCGUUUCCUUGAGAGCCUGCCUGAGGAGGAGCAGCAGCGGGUCCUAGGGGAGGAGAAGAUGUUAAACAUCAAUAAGAAGCAGACCACCAGCCCAGCCUCCAAGAAGCCCUCCCAGGAAGGUGGCAAGGGCGGCUCAGAGAAGCCAAAGCGGCCUGUGUCGGCCAUGUUCAUCUUCUCAGAGGAGAAGCGAAGGCAGCUGCAGGAGGAGCGGCCUGAACUCUCUGAAAGCGAGCUGACCCGCCUGCUGGCCCGCAUGUGGAACGACUUAUCUGAGAAAAAGAAGGCCAAGUACAAGGCUCGCGAAGCUGCACUGAAGGCACAGUCGGAAAGGAAGCCUGGCAGUGAGCGUGAAGAGCGGGGCAAGCUACCGGAGUCGCCCAAGAGAGCCGAGGAGAUUUGGCAACAGAGUGUCAUUGGCGACUACCUGGCGCGCUUUAAGAAUGACCGGGUGAAAGCCUUGAAAGCCAUGGAGAUGACCUGGAACAAUAUGGAAAAGAAAGAAAAACUUAUGUGGAUUAAGAAGGCAGCUGAAGACCAAAAGCGAUAUGAGAGAGAGCUGAGUGAGAUGCGGGCACCUUCAGCUGCUACAAACUCUUCCAAGAAGAUGAAGUUCCAGGGAGAACCCAAGAAGCCUCCCAUGAACGGUUAUCAGAAGUUCUCCCAGGAGCUGCUGUCCAAUGGAGAACUGAACCAUCUGCCGCUGAAGGAGCGCAUGGUGGAGAUUGGUAGCCGCUGGCAGCGCAUCUCCCAGAGCCAGAAGGAGCACUACAAAAAGUUGGCCGAGGAACAGCAGAAGCAGUACAAGGUGCACCUGGACCUCUGGGUCAAGAGCCUAUCUCCCCAGGACCGUGCAGCAUAUAAAGAAUACAUCUCCAAUAAAAGAAAGAGCAUGACCAAGUUGCGAGGCCCGAACCCCAAGUCUAGCCGGACUGCCCUGCAAUCCAAGUCGGAGUCGGAAGAGGAUGAUGAAGAGGAUGAGGAUGAUGAGGAUGAUGAUGAUGAAGAGGAAGAUGAUGAGAAUGGAGACUCCUCUGAGGAUGGUGGGGACUCUUCAGAGUCCAGCAGCGAGGACGAGAGCGAGGAUGGGGAUGAGAAUGAGGAGGACGAUGAGGAUGAGGAUGAUGAUGAGGACGAGGAUGAUGAUGAAGACAACGAGUCUGAGGGCAGCAGCUCCAGCUCCUCUUCCUCAGGGGACUCCUCAGACUCAGACUCCAACUGAGGCUCAGCUCCCCAGGUGGCCAGGGAGAGCCCCAGAGUCCCCCUCCCCAGCUGACCACUUAUGUCUCCCCCCAUGUUCUGUCCCUGCCCCUCCCCCACUUCUUUUUUUUUUCUUUUUUUCUUUUUUUAAACAAAAUAUGGUGGGGGUAGGGGACUGGAGGAACUCAGGCUAGGACUCUGCAGCCUUGGAGCCAUCAACCCUGGGAUCCUCCAGGGACAGCAACCAUCAGACUGAGCCAGCACUGGACCGACCCAACCCACCCAACCCUACUCCCCUCCCCCCCCCUUCUGCACUUGCGGUUCCGGCAUGGACAAUGGACCGAGAGUGGGAUUGGAGGGGGGGGGGGCUCCCAAAGAGUUCAGUGAGGCCCUCCACACUUGCAGCCCAAACCAAGGUGGGAUGGAAGAUUGGGGAGGAUUCUUCCUUCCCAGAGGGCCUGCUGCCUGGACCUCUACAUUGGAACUGGAGGCAGGGACUGAGGGAGAGGAGGGUGGGUGCCUUUGAAAAAACGGGCGCUGCCCUGAUGGCGCUCUCCCCUGCCCUGCAGGAAGGUGCCGCCUGGACCUGCUCAUGGGGAAGGGGGCAGAGUGUUUUUUAUAUAUGUGUAUAUAUUUUUUUUUAAGCUCUGAGCUGUCAACGAGACGUUUCCUACCGAUCUCGGCUGCCGUCUCUGUUGUCAUUUCUGGGAGAGGGAGGGUUUAGGGGGGUAGGUUUGGGACUUUUUUAAAAUGAUCCUGGUGUGUGUGUGUGUGUGUGUUGUGUGUGUGAGUGUGUGUGUGUGAGAGAGAGAGAGAGAAUGUGUAUGUCUUGUACAUAACAUGGGUGCAUCUGUGAGUCUAUCCGAGUACAUGUGUGUGUGUGUAUGUAUGUGUGUGAGUAAGAAGGGGGUCUGUCCUGGAGCCCACCUCAGUGUUCGUGAAUCUGGAAAAAGGGUUGGUGAGGGCAGGGAGAUAGUGACCCUGGCAGCAACAGGCCAAGGCCAUCCCUUCCCACACAUUCUCUGCGUUGCCUGGUCCCUGGCUCCAUUGUGGGGAGGGGAACUAAAGCCACCUGAUGCUUCCUAUACCAGUUUGCCUCUGCCAGGACCAUGUGCAUCUGAGCUGCUAAGGUCCCUGUCAUCUGGCCAGUGGGAAGGGGUAAAUGUUUUGAACCUUAAAGCUUUUCUUUUGUGGGAAAGGCCUCCCAGUUGACUAGAGGAGCAACCUGGCCACCCUGGGCCCAGGAACUGGGCUUCAGGAAGUAUCUUUGGAUUUUUUUACCUACAUGUCCUUAACCACCUUUCCCUCUAUCCUCAACCCACUCCCAUUUCCUUUGAUUUCUCAGGUCUGCUCCCCUCUUCCCUAUCCCCUCCACCCUCCCUAGCUGGGGAGGGGCUGCAGAAAGUACAUUCUGUAACUGUUCUCUGACCCCUGCCAAUCAUCCCAAGCUUUUUGUACCCCAAUCCCCUGAUUCCUAAUAAGCCAAGCCACCUUAGCGCUGUGGGUUUUAAAUUUUUUUAUUUUUUACUAGACUUGUCAAAACUUAUUAUUUUUCUUUUUACAAUCAUGUCAGCAUAUUUAAUUGGGGCUUUGUGCUUUUCAACCUUCCUCUAAAGAAAAGCUAGGAAUGGGGGAAGGGGAGCCUUCACCAGAGUGGUAGGAUAGGAAGAUGAGGGUCUCCAAUCAGCUGUGGAUCUCUCAAAGCACACAUUUGUCUUGGCCUGGACUAUGGUGCUGGUCUGGGGAGGCCUAGGAAGGGACAAUCCCCACUCCUGUUCACAUCCUGAUCUUGGAAGUAGGUACAGGAGGUUCCAGGUUCUGGUUCUUCCUGAGAGCCCCUACAGAGAACCCUAUUUCCUUAUUUGAAUGCCCCUACACUAUUAUAUUUUAGUGGAAUGUGUUUUCAUUAAAAAAAAAAAAAA